AUGAUUAUAAUCUAAUUUUUUUAUCUAUUGUUCCUAUCAUUUAGUUAGGAGACUGAGAAUGAAAAGAAUUUUUUGUAAUUAGGAACAUCAGUUUAAGGGUAAUAUAAAAGUAAUAAAUUUAGAUUUAUUUCACCAAGAACAUAGAAUCAUAAAUUUUAUAUAUUUGUUGUUCCUGAGUUAAAAAAUGGCACAGAUCUUAUAGUUUAGCUUAAGACUCUGAAUCCUAAUUCUGAUCCAAACUUAUACAUAUCAAAAAGUAAUAGAGAACCAUUAUCUAUUAAAGAUGCUGAUGUAAAAGCAUGUGAAGCAAAAGGAAUGGGUAAAAUUAAUUUCUAUAAAAGAUGUAUGUGUUAUAGACAAUCAUUUAAUUAAAGAGAAUGAUCUUCUAUAUAUUUCAGUUGUAUCUCGUUUUCCUAGUAGAUACACAUUAAGAAUAGAAUUAGAUUAGGAAUAAAUUUUAAAAAUAGAUAGCUUUUUAACUUUUAAAAUGAAUAAUGAAAAACAAUCUUAAAUUAUAGACUUUGAAAUAGAGGAAUUUAUUUAUGAUUAAACAGAAAUAGAAUUAAAUGUUUAAGUGUUGAAUUAAGAAUAAUUAGAAGAACCUUUUCUAGUUUUUAUGAAUAAAUAUGAUAAUGGACCUCCUAGCAAUGAUAAGUAUGAUUAUAAAGCAAUUGACACAUGGGAAAACUAAAAAGUGAUUGAAUUUAAUUAAACUAAAUCUUAAGAAAAGUAUAAAAUCCUAAUCUAAGGGGAAUAAGGGGCAUUAUUUAGAGUAAUUGCAACUCGAAGUGAAUCUUUGAAGACUUUAAAUUAAUAUGAAAGUGUCAUUUAAGUUGUUAAUAAAGGAGAGUAUGAUUUCUAUAGAUUGGAAAAUUAUGGCAAUUUUGAUUGUGACAUCGUAUAUAAUUAUUUAUAUUUUAGGGUAUUCGAUUGACUCCAUUUAAGGGUUAUGCAAAAUUAUAUGUUCAUUAUAAUUCUUAACCACCUUUAUUAGAAAGUUAUGAAUGGUAAGAUGAAAAACAAGAAGGAGAAUUUGUUUAUAUAUCUUAAUUAGAAUUGAAGAAUAAAAAUAUAACCUUAUCUAAUUUAUAUAUAGCUAUUGUGGGCCAAGAAUUAUGUACUUAUCAAUUAAAAUCUACAUGUGAAAAUGAUUUUUAUAUUUUUUCUGGAGUUUUUUAUCAAAGAGAUAUUUAAUAAUCUGAAAUCAUAAAGCUUAGGAUAGUUGAUGAUCAAAAUGAAAAUCAUUAAAUUUAAAUUAAUUUAAACACACUCAGAGGAGUCGUUAAUUUUCUCAUAACUAAUUGUGAGGAUCAAGUAUAAUGUCCUCUUAGUGAAGAAUUAUUCACUAAUUAAUUAAAAUAUGAAAAAAUAUAAGAUUAUACAAUGAUAUAUUCGAAUUAAAAAUAGUAAACAUAAUUUGUUUUGAAUUGUUAAAAUUGGUGUGUUUAUUAUCUUAUAGCCAUUGUUGAUAAAAAUAGUAAAUAAUAUGGAAGGUUUUCUAUUCAAUAUAAAAUUAUUGAAAAAACUAUGAAUUUAUUAUCAAAUACACCUCAUAAAUCAACAGUUAUGAAAGAUGAAUAUUAAUACUAUAAAUUUUUUGUAUCUGAUUAGGAUGAGUUAUUAAGAUUGCAUUUUCUUGUCACAUCUAUAUAAGGAGAUGUGUCAAUGUAUUUAUCAACUACUAAUCAAUAACCUAAUAAAGAAAAUUUUGAAUUUUAAUCAAAAAAUAAUUCAAUAAAUUUUGGAGGUAGAUAUGGUACAAAGCCUUAAUCUGGGACUUAUUAUUUAUCAAUUUAUGGGGAAUCAUUUUCAAAAUAUAUGAUAACAGUUUGGACUAUUAAGAAUUUUGAAGACUUCCGUUAACUUGGUAGAUUUCCUUGGCAUUAUAUUCAGUUGUAUUAAGGAGAUGCACAUGAAAAUUAUCUAUAUGAUGAUGAAUUUGUUUUAUAUAAAAUAGAUAUGAAAGGUUAUAGUCAAUAAAACAAGGAUUCAAUAAAUGUUGUAAUAUAGAAAACAUACGGAUAGUUAUAAAUGUUUGGAUUUGAUCAUCCAGAAACAGAUGAAACUAAAGCAAUAUGGUAGAGUGGAUAAAUUAUCACUAUUUUGAUGGAUGAUCCCUAUUAUCCUGAAAUUCUAUAUUUAAAAAUAAAAUUGAUUGGAAAAGAGAGUAAUUCUGCUAAUUUUAGGAUUGCCUUUUAUAGUUUUUAUUAAACUAUUGAUUUGAUGAUAGAUGAACCCUUUUUUAAUUUCUUACCUGCUAAUUAUUUUUAAAGCUUUAAAUAUGAAUAUUAAAGGAAAGAGAAUUUUGUGAUCUCCAAAAGAUCUUUUGAAUUCGAUCAAACUUCCUUAAUUUUUGAUUUCGAAAAACCAUCUGGUUUAGAAGUUCGAUUUUCAAAAAAUAAUAACUCCUUUAUUGUUGAAUAAAUUUAAGAUAAUUAUUGUUUAUAUCAAUCAAAGAUAUGUUCAGAAUAUUUUUAUUUUAGUAUCCAUACUAAAUUGGAUUAGUUUUAUUCAAUAUUAAUCUCAAAAAUAAAUUUGUCUCAAGUUUAACUUAAAGAAGAUUAACCAAUUUCAAAAACUUUACCAAGAGUAGAAGAUUACUUUUAUUUAUAUUGUUAUGGUGAGGAAGUGAAUGUAAUUGCAUUUACUUAUUAUGGAGAAUUGAUAAUCUAUGCUUCAAUAGUAUAAACUUUAGAUUCACCAGAAGCUAAUAAAAAUAAUCAUAAUAAAAUUUCAAAAAAACAAAAAAUACACUCUUAAGCUUCAAUAUACUUUUCUUAAAGUGAACUAUAAAAACACAAUUGUAAUGAUAAAUGUAUCAUAAAAUUAACUGUUGUAGUUUCUGAAGAAUAUUAUACAGCUGAUAUUAACAGUGAAAUGUAUGAUUAUACUAUUUAAUUAAAUUCAAAACUAAUUUUACUUCGAGAAUCUGAGGUAUAAGAAGGAACUCUUAAAAAAGAUGAAUUCAAAUUUUAUAAAUUACGCAUUUAUAAUAAUGAUAAUGAUAAAAAUCUUAUGAUUAUGCUUAAACCAGAUAUAAAUUGUGAUGCUGAUCUUUUUGUAUCAAAAUCUGAAUAUCCUAAUCUUGAUCGAUAUGAUUGGGGAUCAUUUGAUUAUUGGAGUGAUUCCUUAAUUAUUGAACCUGGAAAUAAUCUACAUCCUAAUUUAACUGGUGACUAUUAGUAUUAAAUUAAUUUAAUUAAUUUAGUGUUGGAGUACAUGGUUAUUAAGAAUGUUAGUUUGUUAUCUAAUAUCAUCUUGGUAAAAUUGAAGCUUAUGAUAUCUUCCAAAACCAACCAUUUAAAUUGUAUCAAUCAUUAUAUUACAUUAGUUAUGUUAAGGAAGAUUACACAGUAUAUUUCAGAGUAUAUUCUUUUUAACAAACUACACCUUUUAUGAUAUUUGUAUAAUCACUUUCUGAAACUGCAUACUUUUUUGUAGAUGAGGUAGAAUAAGCCUCAGCAAAAUUCAGUUCAUUUUAAAAAGAUGUCACCUAAUUCAAAUACAACAAUUCCAAAAAGGGUUAUUAAAAACGUUUUGUUACUGAUCCUUUAAAUUAAGACUCAGUUUUAAUUAUAGCACUUAGAACUAUGAUUUCAGAAAUUGUUACAAUAUAAGUUAGUUGUGAGGAGACUUAAAUCUAUUUGGAAUCAUAAACUUUAAUCUAAUAUAUUCUUGAAUAAAACUAAAAUGUUACAUUUAUUAUAAAUCCAAAUCAAGAUAGUCUCUCUACUUAAUUUUAGAUUCAUUUAUUUAGUGGCUCUAUUUCUUGUGAAUAUUCAUUCGAAAAGUUUUUUACAAAUGAAAAUUAAAUACCUAUACAUUUGCUAAAUAUUGAUGGAAAUAAUUAUGAAAAUCAAUUCAAUAUUACUAACUAAGAAAAUUCAAAUUUGAAAAUUCAUAUUGAAGCUAUUUAUAGCUCUUAUUUUAGCAUUUAAUAUUUUAAUGAAAAUGAAGAAAAUAAUUAUAUUUAGUAAAUUUAAUAUAUAUACUAGUUCAAUAUAUCCCUAGUAUUUAUCACUAAAAUCCUAAAGUGAGAAACAAUUUUAAUUUAUAAAUUACGAUUAUUCUCCAUUGUCAAGCAAUCUAAAAACGUUUUCAAUAUCAGUUUAGAUCUAAGAAGAUUGGAAUGCUUUACUUGCCAAUCAAAAACAUAGAUCUCCACCAAUUAUAACUGUUUAUAGCAACACUUCACAACAAUAAAUAUAACCUAUUUAAUAGUUGAUUUUAUCUAAUCUUAUCUAUAAUGAAUAUAUUUAGACUGACAACUAAUAUAAAAUUGUUUUGAAAAAUUAAGAAUAAUUUGAGUAAUAAUAUUAAAUUUCAGUUGGAACUUCAGAUCUAAGACUUUUGCUACCAAAAAUUAAAUAACUUGGAACAAUUCAAUUUCAUUAAAGCACAUAUUGGGUAUUGUGGCAAAAAAGUGGAUAUUUGUUUUACUAAAUGUAAUUUUGCAAUGGAAUCUUCUCUGUUUUGGCUGGAUAAUACUAUGAAUCUCUUUUAAAUGAUUAAUACGACUUAAAAUUAGAUAUUAGAUAAAAAUCGGUACAUGGAUACUUAGAAAAAAUAGAAUAUGCUGAAAUGAUAUUUUUGAAAUUUGAUUUUAUUAAGUAGCUCAAUACUAAGAUACCUUAGGCCUAAUAUACAAUAAGAGUAUAUUAAGUUGAAGAAAAAAAUGAUAUACCUUACGAUUAGUUCUUCCCUGGAUUUCAGGGCUACUUAAGUUCUAAUAUUACAAAGAACAAUGAUGAAACUAUAAAUCUUCUUAUUUAAUUUAGCCCUUUGUAAUUUGUUAACAAAGAUGAAUAAGAGUCAUUUGAAGUGAAAAAAAUAGAAUAUUCUGUAAUUUUAUCGGAAGGAAAUGAAAAUGAUGAUGUAGAGAUUAAUUAUUGUUCAGAACCAUAAAAUGAAAAUAGGAUUAUUCGAAAUUUAAAUGAUAAUGAUACUUACUUAACAUUCAAUUUGACUCUUCCCACCUUUAGAUGGUAAAUAUAGAGAAAUUUUGUUUUUAAUAUUCUUGCAACUGGUAAUUUAAAUAAUUUUAAUUUUAGUGGAUUUAAUAUUAUAUAGGGAUGAUUAAAGAGUAUCUUUAGAUUAUUAUUAUGAAUCCUAACGUGUUAAAUGGAAUUCCUAAUAAAUGAUGAUUUAAGAGGAGAAGCCAUUUAAUUAUUAAAUCAUAGGAAUUAGCAUAGCUGUUAUUCUUUUGAUAUUUGCUAUAAUUGCAUUAAUAAGAAUGAAAAAAUAGAGGAUUAUGUAAUUAUGAAAGUUAUAAUAAGAUCAAAAUAUGAAAAUAGUGAAAUCAGAGUAUAAUAGAUUGAGGGAAUAGAAAUGCAUUAUCGUGGAUUAAAUGAAUGA